GUCCAAUAGAAACUCUCGUUUUCGUUGUAAAACGUUUUCCAUUUGGAGUAAACGGUUUCUGUUGCAAAAUGGUAUGCAACAGACGAAACGUUUUGCAACAUAAUCUGCGUAAUGAAUACAACCCAGGCUUAAUCGCUUGAUAAAUCUUUCCAGCUGUUGAUAGUUUACUAAUCUUCAUAACGCUACAAAUCUGGUCGCCAGGCAUAAUGUCUUAUUACAGAGCUUCUGAAUCAAAGAGGGAACAAUUUCGAAGGUAUCUCGAAAAAGCUGGUGUUCUUGACAGUCUUACAAAUGUGUUGGUGGCCCUGUACGAAGAGACAGAGAAACCGAAUAAUGCUUUGGACUUUCUAAAGCAUCACCUUGGUGUGGCUGGGGUGGAGACCGCAGAUGCAGAGGCACUCCGUUUGGGGCUGUCUGAGCUACAGCAGAAGUGUGAGCUGCUCAUGGAGGAAAACAAAGAACUCAGAAAGAGGGUUCUGCAGUAUGAACCAGCACCUGAGGAUGGCGCAGCGGAGUAAUGUAGUUGAUUGAAAAAAUGUUUCCCACUGUUUUGGAAAGGGUGCUUAAUGUAAAGCUAUACAUUUUUUUUUUUAUAGGUGUGUGUACCACUUUAAGGCAAUGUAAUUUUGUUUAAGUAGUAAAUGUGUCUUCUGUGUACAGGCACUUCCUUCAGCCUAAAGCGUAAACCAUUAUCUCCAAUAUUAAGUCAAUAAAUACUCUUUGCAGGAAA